AUGUAUGUUGCACAACUCACUAUGCAGUGGAAAUACCGCAAUGAAUCUUAUAAUGCCAUUUAUAUCGCCGAUCUUAUCCCGACGAAUAUCUUUAUUACUGCGACAUUGUUUAGUGUUAAGGCUCUAUGUGCAGAGAGAUUUUUGGCAAUUCAACUUCACCUCAGAUACCAGGAACUUGUGAUGUACAGGCGCGUUAUUAUAUCCGUAAUCUCAAUUUGGGUAUUUAGCACACUUACUUUAUUGCUCAAGUUGUGGAUCCCAAAAAGUAUCAUGUUCGUAUUUUCUGUUAUUAAAGAUUCUUCUUCUAUUAUAACUGCAACUUUCCUGAGCAUCAAACUUUACCUUACUCUACGACGCCACAUGAAUCAAAUGCAACUCACGCAAGUUGCGCAGAAUGAGCAAGGCGAAAGUGUUCAAAGAAAAAGGAGAUCUGCGAUGGCAUCGCUUUACGUGUAUUUGGUUUUCACAGUUUGCUAUUUACCUAAUAUUUGUGUGUUCAUUAUCAUCGCUUCGGCACUUCCGAACCAAGGAACGAUCUACAGCAUUUGCACUUUUAUACUCUGA